AUGUCCAAACGCAAAGAUAAAGAGAACCUUCAGACGGGAGUCGGCUCUAGAAGCAAACUCAGGCUCCUGCCUCAUCAGGCAGAGCAGGACGACUCCGCCAAGUUCAUCGUGCUCACCCUGGUCUCCAUCGUGGCCGUCGUGGGGGUCCUCCUGGCGUCCAGCGUCUUCUACUGCCUGCGCCACAGCUCUCACCACAGGCUGAAAGAGAAGCUCUCGGGACUCGGGGGUGGCCCGGGCCCGGAUGCGCCCAGCGCCUACCAGGAGCUGUGCCGGCAGCGCAUGGCCGUGCGCACGUCCGAGCGCCCGGAGGCCCCGCACACGUCCCGCGUCAGCAGCGUGUCGUCUCAGUUCAGCGACGGGCCGAUGCCCAGCCCCUCUGCGCGGAGCAGCACCUCGUCCUGGUCGGAGGAGCCUGUGCAGCCCAACAUGGACAUCUCGACCGGCCACAUGGUCCUGGCCUACAUGGAGGACCACCUGGAGGACAAGAACCGGCUGCAGCGGGAGUGGGAGGCCCUGUGCGCCUACCAGGCAGAGCCCAGCUGCUCCAGUCAGCCACGGAAGAUUCUCCUAGAUCUGACAGGCAGACAGGACGAGCGGGCGGGGAGGUUACGUGUCGGGAGCAGCCCUGUCUUGGCCGGGUUCUCCUCCUCCUUUCUUCGGCCUCAGAACCAGCUGGGGUGGGGAGGCCUGGGUGUGCUGACCUACGACCACUCCAGGGUCCGGCUGAACUCGGGAAACAGCCACAGCAGCUCCGACUACAUCAACGCCAGCCCCAUCAUGGACCACGACCCGAGGAAGCCCGCGUACAUCGCCACCCAAGGACCGCUGCCCGCGACUGUCGCUGACUUCUGGCAGAUGGUGUGGGAGAGUGGCUGCGUGGUCAUCGUCAUGCUGACCCCCCUCUCGGAGAACGGCGUCAGGCAGUGCUACCACUACUGGCCGGAUGAAGGCUCCAACCUCUACCACAUCUACGAGGUGAACCUGGUCUCCGAGCACAUCUGGUGCGAGGACUUCCUGGUGAGGAGCUUCUACCUGAAGAACCUGCGGACCAGUGAGACGCGCACCGUGAGCCAGUUCCACUUCCUGAGCUGGCACGACCAGGCCGUGCCGGCCUCCACGCGGUCCCUCCUGGACUUCCGCAGAAAAGUAAACAAGUGCUACAGGGGCCGUUCUUGUCCAAUAAUUGUCCACUGCAGUGACGGCGCAGGCAGAAGUGGCACCUACGUCCUGAUCGACAUGGUCCUCAAUAAGAUGGCCAAAGGUGCUAAGGAGAUCGACAUUGCGGCGACGCUGGAGCACCUGAGGGACCAGAGACCAGGCAUGGUCCAGACCAAGGAGCAGUUCGAGUUCGCGCUGACGGCGGUGGCCGAGGAGGUGAACGCCAUUCUGCAAGCCUUUCCCCAGUGAGCACGUUUCCCGGGGCCUCGGAGGAGCCCCGGCCCGGGCACUGCCGCCGUCGGGACCGAGGACGACUCGGCUGUGUCUCCUGGAGCGGCUGCCCGGUGGUCGGCCCUGAGGCUCUGCGGUCUGUGCCGUUCAGCAGUUAAAAUGUGUAUUUUUGUUCAGCCAGACAGUACUAAACAGAGGUCUGUGGGAACAUGCAGUUACGGGGCGGCCGGUUCAUCUACUUUCACUCUCUUGGAAAAAAGGUUUAUUUUUCCUUAAAGCACACCUUUCAUUCCUUGCUGCAAACCCUGUCGUCCUGACGAUGCAGUGACCCACGCAGCCAGGACGGCCCCCAGAAGAGAGCUGGCUCGUGAUCGGAACUUUCUGAAGGAGCUUCUGCUGUGCGUGGAGAGGCCCAGGGCAGCUGGCCGGGCCCCCGGCCGCAGGCUCUGUCUUCAUGACGGUCCCUUGCGGGGAGAAACCAGCAGUUGGGACGUGCGGGCCGGACGCAGCUUGGGGGCAGGCGACAGGAGAACCACCCCCGCGCUUGGUUCAACCCAGGCCACUCGACACCCCCCAGGCACGGCUGACAGCCCCCCUCAACCGCCCACCCCAGGGUGGGCGGGGGCCCCGGAGGACAAGUGCCGUCCCACUGGAGCACCUGCUUCCCGGCCCCCCGCCCCCGAGACGCCUCACCUGGGAGAGGCAGGGGGUGGCUUCCAAUCUCCAGACACGGUUUUAACUUAUAAUAGGGAUUUGCACUUUGCAAAAUCAAGUGCAGCUAGUGAACGCUCUCCUGCAGGCUGACCCAGUUCAGGGAGGGCUGGGAGGAGCACGUAGUGAGCCCCCGGCAGGCACGUGUGGCCCCUCAAGGGGC